GCUACUUUACUACGUGGCCACCAUCGCGCCGUCCAUCAGAAGAAACAUGUGACCGUGUGAGUGAGGGCCGGAAGUGUCAUGUGAACGGGAGGGCGGGAAGCGCGCGCGGUUUGAAAGUCCCGCCCGCGAGCGAUGGAACAACGGUCACUGAGUGAUUUUAACGGCCGGGUCGGUCCCGGACCAUGGAGACGGUGCUUGAGUACCUGAGCCGGUUCGCUGAGGUGCUGGCGGUGGCGCACAGUCCAUGGGCCGCCGACUGGGACGAUGCGGAGGUAGGCCGGGCUUUCCAGUGGGCCAGUUACCUGGAGCAGCUGAGCCGGCGCUUAGAAGGGGCGGGGAGCGUGGAGGCCCGGGCCGCCCUCCGGCAGCGGCUGCAGGAGCAGCGACGCCUGAGGCCGAGGGCUCCGCCUGAACUGCCGCGGUACCGGGACCUACUCUUGGAGGAGCUGGGCCGCGGCGGCGAGCUGCUGUCCGAGGCGCUGCUGCACAACCCGGCCGCCUCCGCGUCCGCUUUCCACCGGGCCGCCUCCUGGUACCGAUCGGCGGGGUCAGGAAGGACAGGCGGCGGAGGGCCGGAGGCCCUCUCGGCGUCGCUGGGGCGGGCCGUCAGGGUGAAGGCGGCCACUUGGUUGCUGCGGCGAGCCUGGGGUUCGGAGCCCCCGAGAGGAAGCGUCGAUGUCGUUUCGGAGACGGGAGGCCAGAUUCUGCGCGAGCGGCUGGAGGAGCGCCUCAAGGUGCAGGGGCGAGAGUUACCGGAGGGGCAGGCGGCGGCCUACGAGGAGCUUCUGCAACGGGCUGUCCCCGGUGGCGACGGUGAGGAAGAACCCGGUUCUUUCCAGCCGCUCGCCGCCUUGUUGCUAGAGACGACUGAAGGGAAUGAUGGCAGCGAGGCGCGGGCCCGGGCCCUGGGCUGGUUGCUAGGAGACGGGCGCGCGCUCGCCACCCUCUGCCGCGCGCUCCCGUGUAGCCAGCUCGCCGCCCUGACCGCCCGCCGCCCGGCGUUCGGCCGGCGCUACCUGCGCCUCCUGCAGCGUUGGGGUUGGGCCCUGCGUUAUGACGCGGCCCGGGCUGAGUGGGCGCCUCCUUGUGCCGAGGAGCCGAGCUGGUGCCGGCUACUGGAGCACUUCGCCGCCCUCUGGCAGGGCCCUCCACCAGUCAGGGAGGCCGCCGAAAGCCAGCUGCGCAGCCUUAAGGCAGCGGACGGUGACUUCGAAGUGCCGGGUGUCAGUGUCUGGACCGACCUAUUGCUGGCGUUGACCCGGUGAUGCCGUCUUCUGGAUCGCCAGCAUAGAUGGGAAUCUAAAAUUUAACACUGGAGCAGCUCCACAGGUCUGACAGCACUCGUACGAAAAGAAAAGAGCAUUUGUUAACCUUUGAACUGUUAAAACAUAAAUAACAAGACUACUCGGCCCCUUCGAAUCUUCUGCGAUUCAAUAAAAUAACGGUUGAGCUGAUUUUUUUUAAUCCCCGAUUAUCUUACAUCCCCUUGAUGAGCAAGAGACCAAUGACCAAAGCAUUGCAAAAUAACAUCUUUAACAGUAAGACAACAAGUUGUAGAGCUGGAUGAACACAGCAGGCCAAGCAUCAUGUAAAAGCAGGAAAGCUGACGUUUCGGGCCUAGACCCUUCCGAAACAUCAGCUUUCCUGCUCCUAUGAUGCUGCUUGGCUGCUGUGUUCAUUCAGCUCUACGCCUUGUUAUCUCAGAUUCUCCAGCAUCUGCAGUUCCUACUAUCUCUAAAACAUUGUUUAAAAGUGAACCCAUCUAACUUGCACUUCAUUGGGAUAUGCUUGGGUAUUGGCUUGGCGGAUGGUGCCAUAAUCUUUGUAACAAAAACAGAAGCGCAGGAGCAACUCAAUAGAUCUUUUGGUUUCUCUCUCCACAAAUGCCAAGUUGCGAUCUCCUAUCUCGUGUUUGUCUUUUGAAAUGUCUGCUAUUCUUAUCAAAACAGUUUGAAUCGUGAUGCCAAGGUUUUGUGUGCAAUUUACCAUGCCUCUCCUCCUCCUGCUGUUUUGGCAAGUGUAUGAAGUAAACUGACAUACUUUUUUUUCCAUAAACAUUGACCAAGUUAGUUUGCUCACUGUCACAUACAACAACAUUGGAGAUGUGUGCAUGUUCUAUAAUUUGAAUUUUAGUUCUUGGCUGUUAGUUUUUCUGAGGGAGAUGAUGUGGAGAUUUUUGACUGGAAAUGAGUUGUAUUGAAACCUUAUUUGAAUCUGGAACACUGAUUAAAAUAUACACAAAGGUAUUGUAGACCAAGGCAGUAAGUGUAGUCCCUCGUUUAUGACAGUAUGGUGAAUAUAUAUGCAGCCUUGAAAAUUCCUAUUUGAAAAGGAGGCCUCAUAGGAUUAAGUAAAGUGAUAAUUGCACUUUCCCAUUCACCAGAUGGAAUACAAACCAGAUUUAAGAUUUCAAGUAAUCAGCCAAGUAUCUAUGGUACUUUGAAAAGAGCCAAUAAAAUGUUGGAAGGUUUUAAUUCACAUUUUGUAUUGUAAACGACAAUACUGCUAUUUUAAAUGUACCGUUUAAAGUUGACCACUUCCAUCUGAUGUGUUCCCAUGUAUAAGAUGCUGGUGAUGUCGCCAUAGGGCUGUUCUCAUCAGUGAGAUGACUGAUAGUGAAUCUAGCAAAUUUGAUUUUAAGAUUUCAAGGUUUGCGUUUCACUGGCUAACUCGGCAUUUAUUAUUGCUGUCGUCUUUGACAAUAUAAUGCUGACUGUUUUCAGCAGCCUGUGCCAAAUCGAAUAUCACAUUCUUCAGGUCUCUUCCAGCAUGCCCCUGGAAAUAUUUUUAAUCAUCCUGGUGUAAGAUUUUUGUUUAGUAAUAUUGAGCUUAAAUUGUCACUGACCAUCCUAGAUGCAAUUCCAGACAAGCUCCAAGAUCACUUUACGUUUUUUCCAACUUACAUUGUUACUGAUUACAUGUUGGUGCUUCUACAACAGAAAUACAAUUGGGAGCAUAGCCUCCCCAUCCUAUACUACCAUCCGAAGCUUAUUUGUUUGCCAUUUCCUAAUUAAUACAUGCAUAUAUAUAAAGGUGUGUCCAGUGUUUUACAAACCUUUUUUAUUGAAAGAUACAGUGCAUUAAGGUUUUCCCACUAUAACUUUGUGAAGCCUUAUUCUCAAGUUUAAAAUGAGGUAUUGAAAAAGAUCAAAUUAACCAGGCAUCAUCAGGUAAAUAGACACUGCAUGGUUUGCAGCUGUUGAAGAUUGAUCACUGCCAUCUUAUGUGCAAUUGGGGAGGAACAAUAAUUGCUGGCAGGACAAACAGUACCCACGUUCUAUGAAUUGUUUUGUUUUAAUUUUAAAAUGCAGAUUUUAGCUUUGUCAUUAGAUUUCAAAAUGCUUGAAGUUAAACUUUAGCUUUAUCUCUUGGUUUGAAUUUUUGCUUCCCUAAUUAAAACCAGAUUUUUUUUGGAUCUUUUGGAAGCCCUACUGAAACAAUAUAACAGCAAAAAAGUUAUUCGAAUUGUUGCUGUCAUUUUUUGUGUAGAAUUUACAGCUCAAUAUUCUGAACCAACUGAUCGAUGGUCUUUAUACUGAAUUAAAUUGUUCUCCACUCUCUCUAAUUCCAGUAACAGUACCUAGUAUUUACUUCUCCCUCACAUACUUGUUUGACUCCCUUGGAUCUGUCUAUUUAUACCUAUCCAUACUCAAAAUGGCAGCAUACUCCAGUUUCUAACUAAUACCUAAAUUUUUUAUUCGGUCUCAUGGUGACCUCCAGCUCGGAUGCCAUGUUUUGGGUUCGGCUACCAGGGAAAACAUUUUUAUCUAAGUGUACUAUGAAGACUUUUCAUGAUUUCACAUCUGAGAUUUUUUUUUGUACAGAAAAGUGCUCCAACUUGUUCAUAGUGUGCCUACAACUUAGAUAAUGAUAGCCAAAAUGCAGCCAUUCAGAAAAAGCAGCUAUGAGACAAUUUCCACGGCUGACUCUUUUCCUUUAGUAGAUGUAAGAGUGCCAGGAUGGACGCCAAGUUAGUAUGAACUUUCUGUAAUAAUUCACCAAUCCAAGGAAAGAUAUAAGCUCCAGGACAGACAUAAGAGCUGGGGCACCUUGGAUCAUCCUUAUUUUAUCUUCCAACUUGUGUAACCCAACUUGUUGACUCUGUUGCCCAAGUAGGUCACUCAGGGUGCCUGGAACACACAGUUUUCCCUUCUAAGGUGUAUGCCUCCCUGGGAGAAAUGUCUAGGGCUAUAUCUAAGUUCAUUAAGUGUGCUUUUAUAGGUCUUCCCUAUUUUUUAAAUUUUUUUUACUGUGUUUUAUAUUAUGUACAAUUUUCUGACCUUCCAACUAUCUUUGUACAAUGGUACUUUUUUUUUUCUUUGAACUUGAUACUAACUUUUUCACUUUUUUAAAUUAAUCAUCUUUAGUGGAUUUAUCUCUUAUUCACUGGGCUGUAUCUAUUCUGGGCUUCCUAGAAUAUACAAUUAAUUGAUUACUUUUUCUUGUUUCCUGACCUUCCUAAAUGUUAUAUGCUCAGCAAUAUUUAACUACCAGUCCAGGUCAUACAACAGUUAUAUCUGUGUCACUUAUUGCAUAAUCUCAUGAAAUAAACAAUCUAAGUGCAAGUCCUUCCAUCUUCAUCCAGUAUUAAAGUUGUAUCCAACAUUUUCCUUCCUGGUUCAGCAAUGCUUGUUGGGAACAGAACACCUGAUUUGCUAUUGGGUCUGUGUACAAGUUAAACACAAUAAUUAUUUUCAACAGCGAUGGUAUUAGUGUAGCUGCAUCAAUGAGCUCUAUGCACCCAGGCUGACAUGCGCAGAACUACUUGAGGCAACUUGAAAAAUCAAACGCAGCAAAGAUUCCUAAACCACAAAUAAACAUAAAUGUUGUGGCUUCCUAAGUACUGGCAGAUGGUGACAAUAUUAUUGUUUUAAGAGGUAUUUCUUGUCCUUUUCUCAUGAAGAAAGUUUGAAAUAGAGCUGCUGAAUGGUCUGCUCAAAUCCAAUAAAAUAAACAGUUUAUGAAACCUUAUGUUUUUUUUAAAAGCUGGAGGAAUAGAAACAGCCUGAAUGGGUAGGGUCAAGAUUCUACAGAACUGGGGUUUUUAAUUUUGGCUUUUUGCAGUUGCAGGGGUCUUCAAGCUGGAUGUGAAAACUCUUAUUCCUUUCUCUGUUACAGGAAAAGCUGGAAUUCUCUUCCUGCUACUAAAAUUGAACAUGAGACAACCUAUUUUACUGAAUUUUCCCAUUGCCAAUGGUACAUUUAUAGGAUGUUACUAUAUUGAAACAGUUAUUUAGUAAUUAAUAUUGUUAAGCAUUUCAA